AUGAGUGACAAUGACGUUGCUAAGAUUUCAGAUCGAUGUAAAAUGAAAUUUUAUCGUUACAAGCAUGGCGAUGAGAAGAACAAAACUUUACUUGGAAUCACAGGCGAUGAAGAUUAUUCAAUAUUUUUUGCAUCACUUGAUGAGUCACUUGAAGAGCUUCGUGAAAGUUUAACAAGAACAAAUUUAAUUAAAUGGAAGAAAUUGCCUUUGGUUGUUGCCAUUCUUCGUCGAUAUCACAAAAUGUUUUACGAAGUUAUUGAAGCAAAAAAUGUCAGAGUUAAAAUUGAUAACUUCUGUUCGACUCUUUGUAUGGAUAAGGACAAAGCAAUGAACUAUGAAAUCGUAAUUCCUGAUGAUGUUGAGCUGCGUGAAUUAAAUGUCGACGAUUAUAAACACGUGAAUGAUCUUUGGUAUUAUAAAUACGAAGGUUCAGAAAUGUUCAUCAAAUCUCUCAUUGAACUUAAUGGUGGACUUGGAAUUUAUUAUCAUGGAAAGUUUCUUGUUUCGUGGAUACUUCAAAUCGAAUGCUUCGGUCUUGGUCUCCUGCAAACUGUUGAAGAACAUCAAGGAAAAGGAUACGCGAAACUCUUAACACGCAUGAUGACUAGAAAAAUCAGCAAAUGUUACAAUGAAGACACAAUUCUGUUUGCUUCGUAUGGCAAGCCAAAAACUGUUGACUUGUACAUUCGUCUCGCUGAUCAUCAUAAAGUUGAGUUUUAUAAAAAUAGAAUUGACAAUGUCAUCAGUAUUAACACAUUGACUGGCAGUUCAAAGAAUUAUAAAACGUUGAAAAUGCAAAUAAAGCCAGAAUGA